GUGUGUUGUGUUGUUUUACAGGAAAUUGAUAGUUGCACUAAUUUAUCAUUCUUCAAUUUGUAAGGAUCCCUAAAAACGAACUAUUUUGAAAGCGUCGGUAAAGCAGUGGUGAUAAGAACGAAGCCAUUGAACUGUGUGAAACUCUACACUUGUGUGCGUUAUAAUAAUACAAAAAUUCUCGUUCUUACGCUCACGCACACACGCUCAAAUUAUUCAUGUGUUUUCGCGGCACUGAGCGUCGGUAUUUCUGUGGCGGAACUUAUUUUCAUUUGUAAUUCUAAAUUUAAUUCGUUUUAAUCAGUGUUUAUAGUGUUAUUCGUAAGAUAAUUUGUGAUAACGUAUGUGAAAAACGUAGUGAUGGUUACUGUGGGCUGGUUCCGUUCAUUUCGAUGUAUAAAAUUAUGAUGGCGCGUGUUUGACUGUGUUACUGAGUGCUUUCUCGUAACAAAUUAGGACUUUGCUCGAACGAUAUUUGAGCGCUAAUAAUUCUAGUUAAUAUUCCUGUUUCUGUGUUAUUUAACCUCUCUGAAUUUGAUGCUGGAACAAUUAUAUCUGGAAACAUCGUUGUGCAAAAAAGGAUAUUAAGUUUUCGAUGUACUGUGGCUCAAUUAUGCACCAAGGAGACCGCCAAUCUGACGAUUUGCCUGGUGCAAAUAGCAAUCACUGACGCGACUAAACUGUGCAACGACGAGAAAACCAAGUGAAGUGCUUGGAGACGGGCGUAACCUGUUAAUAUUGGUUCACCGUCACAUUUCUCAUUGAAUUAUUCUCAAAAUUAUGAAAUUGCAAUAAAAUAUUCGCGUUUUCUGGCGAUACUUGCGAUGUUCUAUUUUGUUACGUCAGACGCGUAUAGAAGGUCCUAGAUUCGUUGGCAGAUAUCAGAAUGGAUGAAUCUGAGGAUAACAUGAGCUCUGAGGAUCUGAAGGCUUCAGACAGCCCCGUGACUGUCAAAGCAAAACCAAAGAAAAGGUCACUGAUCGAACGUGAACUUGAAACCAGUUUGACUGCAAGAGUGACUUCACCGGUGUCCACUGGUGAUGGAACCAGCACCAGCCGCUAUGGCAGAGCCCGCCGUCUCAAAUCUGAGAUUGAGCAGUCUGACACUAAGAAACUGGCUAAUGAACUAAAAUCUCCAUUGCCCGAGAAAUCUCCAAUCAAGAUGCCGUCACCAGUUUACAAGAUGCAUGCAUCAAACUCUCCUUUAAGAUCUGAACAGCCAAAAGCAGCUGGCGUGGAGACUUUUUUGGAAAAUCAAAUUGAAAAUAUUUAUCAAGAGAACAUAUCAUUGAGCCGUUUUGGCACUGAAGAAGUUAAGAAGACUAGUCCGUCACCUGCUAAAAAGUUCCCUAAAGUUUACAUAAGGAAAGACUUGAUUCAGAAAAGGGAAGCUGAUGAGAAUGUCACAUUUAUAAAGGAUAUGUUCUCUCCUUCUAAAAGUGCAAGCAAGUCUUCCAGUACACAUUUAAAUAAUAUACUGGAAAGGUCCUCUGAGAGAUAUAAUAUAGCAUCCAAACAACAGAAUGGACUUUUGGACAACUCCUCUGUUGUUAAAACUCUAGAUUUUGACAGUAAAAAGAAGAAGAAAGAUAGUAAUAAGGAUAAGAGUCUGUCUAAAAGUGAUUUGUUUGAUUUGGAGGCCAAAUGUGCUUACCAAGUGGGUGAUCUGGCCUGGGCCAGAAUGGGAACUUAUCCAUUCUGGCCAUCCAUUAUAACCAGAGAUCCAGCCAAUGGAAUAUUUGUUAAAAAGAAGUUAUUUGGCCGUAUAGAACGUGACGUUAUUCAUGUGACUUUCUUUGGAGAUAAUGGACGUCGAGGAUGGAUUGUGGACACAAUGCUGCGGAAAUAUCAUGGCCAGCUCGAGUUUGAGGCUACUCGGGAAAACUUUACUCCUGAGGACAAGAAAAAAGACCCGAGACUGUACGCAGCAUUCUUUGUAUCGGAAAAGAAACAAGCUCUGUGGAACACUUCAGUGGAAGAAGCUGAAAUGCUGCUGAGGGAGCCAAAGAGAUUGAGAAUAGACAUUUUCAAUGACAUGCUAGAAAAGUCCAGGUCCAGAGCAAAGCAGCAAAAGAGCGGUAAAAUUAGUAGAACAGACAGUGACGUAUCUUUAAGCGAGAGUUUAUACGAUAGCUUGUUCUCCGAAGACGAUGGUAAGACAGACAGUACAGAACGUUCCAGAAAUAGGACAAGGAACAAGUCCUUAGACGUUUUUGAAGUCGUCACAGCCUGCCUCGACAAUAUGGCCGCCAAAACUGGCAUCACCAAGAUCCAAAGACAGUCCCACAUGGAUAGGUGGCUUCAGAAAGCCAAAUCCAAAACCCCAGAGAAAACUCAAGCUAAAUCUCAAGUUCCUCAAAUUAAAUUAGAUGAUAAGAAAGAAACUAAAGUAAUUAGUUCUAAAAAAAAGAAGAGUCUGUCUCGAGUCGCUGUUAAAAAGCCUUAUAGUUUAAGAAAAUCUAUGGCCGAAUCUCAGAAUCUGUUGUGUUUUCAAAAUGAACAUGAUUAUAGUAAAGUUGAGAUAGUUACAGAUUCCGAUCAUAAUUCUACCGACACUGAUAGCUGUAAGAACUUUGCUGCACAAAAGCUGACUGAGAAAGGUAAAGUAGAUGACCCUAUUAUUGUAGAUAGUCAGAGUAGUGAACAUGAGACCGAAACCGAAACUGAAUUAAGCCAAACUGGUACAGAAGUAAGCCGAAGUGGUACCGAAGUAAACCAAAUUGGUAUUGAUCUGAGCCAAAGUGGCACUGAAAUAAGCCGAAGUGGCACUGAAGUAAGCCAAAGUGGCACUGAAGUAAGCCAAAGUGAUACUGAUGAAGUCAAUGCUAUAGAAACAACAACUGGAUUAAAUGGAAAAUAUGAUUCUGACUUAGAAACUAGUAAUGAAGAUUCCCAGGAUCACGCCAGUAUCAUAAGUACGGCUAUAUCCUUAAAAAUUGCAACAGAGGAUGAAAUGGCACCAAUAGAUGCUGCAAUACAUAUAAAAUCAGCUUUCGAUACUGAUGAUACCACACAAGACACUGAUGAUACCACACAAGACACUGUUAUUGAUACAGAUCAAAUAAUGAGUCCAGUGUACGAAGAUUCAUUUGAUGAAAUCAGUCAAAUUGCAAUUGAUGAGAGUGUAAAUUCAAAUGCUGAAAUACAACCAGAGUCUGUUGAAACAGAAUCGCAAGAUGAAAUAACAAACGAUACAAUAAGCACUGAAAUAAGUAGCGUGUCUAUUGAUGACAGUGAUUAUAAACCUCAAAAUAGUAUUGCAUCAGAAGAUGAAAGUAUGAACACUACUCUUCUUACUGACGAUAGUAUAGAGGUCGAUCUAGGUAAGGAACCUACUAAAUCUAAAACUAGUGCAGAUUUAGUAAAGGUUCCACAUGGACACUCAAUUAGUAGUGACAGUGACACUAAAGAAUAUAAUAAAAUUACUACCAUUAAUAAAUUACGUAACUCCAAAAACGAAGGAAAAGAAGAUUUUAGUCUUAAUAGUAAAUCUAAUGAUGCAAUAUCAAUCGAAUCUAAUGAUAGACUGAGAAGUGUGAAUAUAAUUGAAAUGGUCAAAGAAACUAGACCAAUGAAUGGACAUGUUAAUAUCAAAGAAAUUGAUAUGGAUGUUGAUGAAGUUCAAAUACCUAGUCUUAAGCCGCAAAUCGUGGAAAAUGGCUUCCAUGAUGAAGGCACACAUAUGAAUGGCGAUGUUGAUUCAGAUAUCAUUUCCAUCCAUUCGGAAGAUAGCGUUUCUUCCACGAAAUCGGAUAGUAGAAGAAGAUUACGUUCAAGGCAAAAUAAAAAUCAGGUAAACCAUAGUCCUUUAGAAAACCCUGAAUUCGUUAAAUAUUUUGAACUAAGACAAGAUGCGAUCAUGGAUGAGAAUCCGGAGUUGAGUCAAGAUGAAAUAGUAGCUUAUUUAUAUAAAACUUGGUUGUACGAAGAAAAUUCUAAAUCAGAUGAUAAGAAAACUGAAGAUUUAAGGGAAUUAAAUCUCGUCAAAGGACUUAAUUCGGAACGUACAGAGAACAAGAAAGCCAAAGAAGUUGAGCAACCGAAAAAAAGAAAUUCACAUAGGAAGAAUUUGAGUCUAAAUAGAAAUAUCAUGCAAAGAUUUUUGCAAAAAAAAACUAGAGAGCCACCGGUAGUAUAUUCUAUAACUGACAGUGAUACUGAAAGUGUUAAAGAAGAUUCACAAUCAGAGGAAGAAUCGCCUAGAUAUAGUCCUAUAUUAAGUAAAGCAGAGAGUGAAAUGCAAUCUACUCAAAUGGAAAUUGAAGAAACAAUAGUUAAAGACAGUGCACAAGAUGAAACUAAUAGAUUUAAACCAAUAGCGCUAGAUAAUCCACAACCAAGUAAGAUAGUAAAUGAGACCACACAUACUGACAAAAGUGCAUCUCCUAUUACAGUUAUUGAAGUGCAAAAUAAACAAAUCGAUGAAACAGAGAUUGCCUUAGGAUCGCGUACUGCCACUCCAAUAGACGUUCAAAGUAAAAAAGACGUAACUGAAAAUGUGGUAGGUAAUGGACCAGAAGUAGUUCCAAGAGCUGAUGACGUCACUAAAGAAAAACAACCAAUUGAUCCGUCAAACGCAGUACAAGUGGCUUUCCCUGAAGAGUCCGAUGAUAAGUUUAGAAGUGAUUGUGAUACAGAAUCUGUAAACUCUUUAGACAGUGAAACACCUCUUAUAAAAUGUAAACUACGGUCCAAAAGCAAAAGAAAUAAUUCACAAGAAAUCAAACCAAGAGAUGAUGAAGACACUAUUUCACUAAACUCCGAAGGAAGCGAAGUGUCCAUUAAACGUAAGAGGAAAACCCAAAAAAGAAUAGAAAAUGCUCUAGAAGAUCCAGAAUUCGUUAAGUAUUUAGAACUAAGGCAAGAUUCCUUGAUAGACGAACACCCAGAAUUAACCCAAGACGAGAUCGUGUCUUAUUUAUACCAAACCUGGAUAUACGAAGAGAAUACAAAGUCUGAAAUUAAGAAGAACGAUGAUAUAGAACAAUCUAGUUUAGUUAAGGGCCUGAAAGAAACUGUACCACAACAGCCUAAGAAAAUAAAGCGUAAAGUAAAAACUGAGAAAGAACAAGAAAAAGAAACUGAUGAUGAUGCUACAGUAAAAGAUAAACCCAGAAGGAAAGUAGUGAAACCUUAUUAUAAUGAAGAAUUCUCUGAUGUAGAAGAAGAACUUGAAGUCUUUCCAAUAUUUAAUCCGAACCAUCAACGGCUCAAUGAGAACGGCGAAACAACUGAACCGAUACACGAAGUUAAUGAUAUUGAUGAAGUAGAACUUUACUUCGAACAACUAGCACGGCCGAAACCUAACGUUUUCAAAGGACUGAUCAGGGAGAAGGUUUGCGAACUAUGUGAGAUGAUUGGAAACCUGGUCAAGUGCAAAGGCUGUAAUGGAAUGUUUCACGUAGAAUGCGUUAAUAAGGAAGAUGUAGACGUUGAAACUCCAGCCCCGACUAGAGGGAGAAAGAAGAAGAAAAGGCUAGGAAGGAAACCCAAAAACUCCGAUGAAUUUGACAGCCAAGAUGACAACACUCAAAAUGUUUCCGAAGAAAACGCGUCCAUAGAAGAAAUUAUCGAAUCAGAAUCUCACACAGUCGACGCAGAAACGUUAGAAGCACAAAUCGAAGCUAAAAUGAAAGAGCUAUUGGAAAACGAAAAGAUCGAUUACGAUUCUUAUUCGAGUGACGAUGGCUGCGAUUGGAGCGAGACAAUACCAGGGAAAUGCGAGAUAAUCGAUAUAAAAUUGAAACCGAGACGUUCAAAUGAAGUCGAUUAUUCGAAUUUCAAAUGUAAAAACUGUCAAAAGUAUGAUGUGCCAGUGUGUUUUGUGUGUAAAUCUGCGGUGUCGAAGAACGAAGAGACUUUGAGGCAGAAGUGUCAUGUGGCGCAUUGUCAUAAGUACUAUCAUUUGAAGUGUUUGGACCAUUGGCCUCAAGCGCAGUUUAAUGGGGGCGAGCCUUCGAAGACUAAUAAGAAAAUUAAUGAAUAUUUUGAGGCGUUAACAUGUCCUCGGCAUGUCUGCCAUACUUGUGUGUCUGAUGACCCUCGCGGUUGUAAGACACGGUUUAGUGGCGACAAGUUAGCGCGGUGCGUUCGAUGUCCAGCUACGUACCACUCGUUUACAAGAUGUCUUCCCGCUGGGACGCAGAUUUUGACGGCGUCUCAUAUUAUCUGUCCGCGGCAUUAUGAGCAUAGGCCUGGAAAGGUGCCGUGCCACGUGAAUACAGGAUGGUGUUUUAUUUGCGCGCUGGGCGGUUCACUUAUCUGCUGCGAAUACUGUCCGACCUCCUUCCACGCCGAGUGCCUUAAUAUUAAGCCGCCUGAAGGUGGUUACAUGUGUGAGGAUUGUGAAACUGGACGCUUGCCGCUAUACGGAGAAAUGGUGUGGGUCAAACUGGGGCAUUAUAGUACUAUCUCGGGCCACCGUAAGCACGGGCUUGCGGACGGCGAGCUACCCAUGCUCGCCGCCCGACCAAAACCAGCCCUGUGCGUACGGCGCAUAGCAUUCCGCGCGCGCCUUAAAGAACCAUCAGACCACCACAGAUGGGGGCCAGUAGUAGGUCGCUCAUGCCCGAUACGAUGGUGGCCCGGUAUAGUUCUACAUCCAUCGGAGAUACCAGAAAAUAUAAUGGCAGUCAAACACAAUCUCGGAGAGUUCGUUGUACGGUUCUUCGGUCAGUACGACCAUUACUGGGUUAAUAGAGGACGCGUGUUCCCUUUCCAAGAAGGUGAUUCCGGACGAAUAUCAAGUCAGAAGUCCAAAAUCGAUGCUGCGUUUACCACUGCAAUGGAGCAUGCGCAGAGAGCCUGCGAAAUAUUAAAAGCGGCCCAACCAAACGAGGAAGAAUCUCUAGACAUAGCAUCGUCCCUGCUCCCCCCGCACUACGUGAAGCUGAAGGUGAACAAGCCGUGUGGCUCCCUCUGUGGGAGGAAACUAGACGACCCGGAGAGUUCACUCACUCAGUGCGAGUGUAACCCUAAUGAUGAAGACCCAUGUGGACCUUAUUCACAGUGUUUGAAUCGAAUGUUACUAACGGAAUGCGGGCCCACAUGCAAGGCAGGCGAUAGAUGCAACAACCGCGCCUUCGAGAAGAGACUGUACCCUAAACUAGUGCCUUAUAGGACCCCCAGUAGAGGAUGGGGGCUCAAAACCUUGGAGGAUAUUAAAGCAGGACAGUUCGUGAUAGAAUACGUUGGCGAAUUAAUAGACGAAGAGGAAUUCCGUCGUCGCAUGCGCAGAAAGCACGAGAUCAGAGACGAAAACUUUUACUUUUUAACGCUGGACAAAGAGAGAAUGAUCGAUGCCGGACCUAAAGGGAAUCUUGCUAGGUUUAUGAACCAUUGUUGCGAGCCAAACUGUGAAACACAGAAGUGGACGGUGCUCGGCGAUGUACGAGUUGGAUUGUUCGCUCUUUACGAUAUACCAGCUAACAGUGAAGUGACAUUCAACUACAAUUUGGAGUGUGCCGGCAUUGAGAAGAAGCGAUGUAUGUGUGGAGCUAAACGGUGCUCCGGAUACAUCGGGGCUAAGCCUAAACAGGAUGAAUCUCAAUCAAAGAAACCAAAAAUACCCGGCAAAAGAACAUAUAAGAAAAGAAAACCGACUGAAGAGUCGCCCUCUACAAAGAACAAGCCAAAACGACCAAUAGGGCGCCCGCCGAAACCGAGAGAGCUGACAGAAAUUGAGAAAGACCUCCUCAUCAUAAGGAAUGCGACCAAUGGGAUCUCCAGCGAUGAAUCCACCAGAAGCGCCAGCUCCGAGUAUGAGAGACACCCUAAAGCCUUAAAAAGGAAAAGGGUAAGUUUCUCAACGGAAGAAAUUAUUCUAUACGACGGCUCAGAGUCCCCUAGUGUCAAAAAACAAAAACUUGAAGACAGAUUAGACGUCGGCGAUUGAGACAAUUGAGUAUUUUUAAUCUGUGCGAAAGAGUGCUAACUUUUUGUAGUGUUCUUUUUUUAAACGGUUUAUUUAUCUGUAUGUGCUAGAGAGAGAUGGCUAAAUUAUAUAUAGCUGUCUUUGUUACUCGUUUGCAUAUUGUUUUAAAUGCAGUUUGAUUUUAUAAAUGUAACGAUCUGCAUGAUUUAUUUAACGGAGUAUGAUUAUUGUUAGUUUGUAUGUAUUGUGUUGGUGUGUGUCGGUUUGGUUAGUAUUUUAUAUAGUUAUUAAAAUUUUAGUACAUAAUAUGUACAAGGGUCUUAUGAAUUUAUAUUUCUGUAAUCUUCUUUGAAUUAAUUUACUUUCUAAUUUUUCAAUCUCAGUUAAAAAAAAUACUUAUUCCUAUAUUUUGUAUACUUCUGCUUUUUUUGACUGCUUCGUUGGCCGAGUGGUCGCAAGUGCGACUGCCGGGCAAGAGGUCUCGGGUUCGAUUCCCGGGUCGGACAAAGUAUUACUGGGUAUUUAAAAAAUAAUCUCACUAGUAGCACGGAGCCU